AUGCAUCCAAUCGUACACCACCCCGUCGUGACAAAGUUGUCGGAUUUAUUUGGCAACACGUAUUUCGCUAAUCAGCUCGCCUCCACGCUGGCCUCUUUCAGCCUGCACGAUCAAGGUGUUUGCCUACGUAUUGACGCAGUAGUAUGCGCUUCGGAUAGCCUCAAGUCGAAUAUCUCGAAUAUCACCACAAACAGUGAUAAGUCGCUGCCACUGGGAUGGUUGAGCGUGGAAAACAAUCGGAAUUUGACUACAACGCCGAGCCAAGUUACCUCAUUGAAGACCCCGGUAUCGUCAAAGUUCGAUUUACAAUCCAUCCAGGGGCAUCCAGUGAACUCCCAGUCCACGUCCAAGGAUGGCUGUGACCAUGUUAGACAUAAGACCGUCAGUGGGCUACGACCGUCAAAGUCAUCUGCCAUAGCAGUGCCGACAGAAGACUCAGAUAGCGAUGCAGACACCGGGAGUCGUCUGCGGCCGUCCAACGUUAGAAUCGAACCGUCAGUUCGACAAUUCCACAGCGAUACCCGCUUUCCUCAGCGCAAAAAGCCUACGAAGGACACAGCUACUCCCGCCUUGCAGCCCUCUUCUAUAGACAAAUUUAUCGCGGGGAUCUGGCGGCAGGUGCAUUCUCCAGUCACACUGAGUGUCUCGUUUCCAGUAUUUCGGGCAGUGAACGGACUGUGCAAGAAAUACUCUGAUCAGAGCCGCUCAUCGCGGGCUCUGGAAAUAGUAGUGCAAGCAUACUGGGUGGAAUGCUAUGAAGCUCGAAUUGCAUCAAUUCGUCUCGAGUGCCCACACUAUACGAAUGCGGAAGCUCGAAUGGCAGCCCUGAAAGAAGCCUGCAGCACAUUAACAUGGCAUGAAAAGGAGCUCAGAAACAGGAUGGCUGUUUGGCGUGGGUACAAAAAAAUCAAAGAUUCUGGCGGUUGGGCCAGCCUAAUAUUUGCUGGGUCCGGUAUUUACCGCUUCUGCAAAUAUAGGAUAGGCUUUGAUAGCGGACUCAUUCCUCGGCUGCGCCACAUGGCUUCUAGCCUUGAAGUCGCCGCAGAUACUCUUCACCCUGGUUGGCGAGACCUUCUUCGAGUUGUUAGCCAAAAUGGGCCCUGUCGAUACUCCGGUCACCCUCAUGAAUGGGUUGUAGUAGAUACUGGGCCGGCAUUGCCACUUGGAACCACCUACUCCCAUCUGGUAUUGCCGAACGGCUUCAACUACCAGUUCGUGGACGACUGCAUGAUCGAUCAAAAUGUGUUCGGUGGAGAUGACCCUCGACGCGGCCUGGGGAUUGACCCUAAUAUCUGUCAACUGUGCAAGGGGAAACAGACCGACGAUGUGGUCUCCAACCACUGUUCUUGCUUUCCGGCACUGUUUGGUGGUGUUCGUUAUCCUCCCCCUGUCCAGUUGUAUAACACAGCCAGUGGAAAGAAUAACGGGGUGAUCGCCCGUUGUGAAUUCGAUCGAGGCACAGCUAUUGCCGAGUUCGUCGGUCUCGUCACUCGAGGAAUUGACGGUGUGGACGUAAUGAUGGGUGGAACCCCUGAACGACCAUAUCAGGUCUUCCAGGGCCAAAUGGGCAAUUUUACUCGCUUUAUCAACCACUCGUGUCGGCCUAAUACUCAGUUCCAGAAGUUCUAUUGGCGCGGGAUAGAACGCAUACUAGUGGUGUCUCGCGGAGUGGCCGCAGGGAGUGAAAUUACGGUUGAUUAUUCGGACUCCUACUGGAGGAAGCUCAGGAAGAACUGUUUAUGUGGGGAGACAGGUUGUCGUUUUGCCAAUCAGUUAAGAGACCUACGCGGUGGCUCGACCAUCUCUGGCUAG